AUGAUGUCCGUGGACGUAUCAACGGCUUGGGACAAGACUACCAGAAGUAUCUCACUUUUCAGGCUGAGAAGCGUGGUGCAGCCGGCAUUUGAGUUCGUUCCGGAGGACCCAAUCUUUGAUCGGCCAGAAGAGAUUGCCGAGGGCUCAGCACCACAAGAGAAUGUAGAGCCAGCGUUGGAGACGCCUGGAUCUCCGGUCCCAGCGGAGACAACAAUUUCAACGCCGGAUGCCCCCCAGGAAGCGUCACCAGACCCGGACAAUCCAGGGAGCGAGGGGACAGAAUCAGACGCGGCACCUCAACCGCCAUUGAAGCCGGAAGAGUCUCCAACUCCUCGGCCAGACACCAAGGCGUCGUUUGCUGUCCUCGAGGACUUUGACUGGUCGCGGUUCGCGUACGCUCACUAUGUCACGAAUCCAGCGUACCUCUGCAACUCCCUCCUCAUCUUCGAGUCUUUGGCUCGCCUGGAGUCCAAACCAGCACGCCUCAUGCUGUACCCGACCCAUAUGCUUCUUUCUCCCUCUGCUCCCUCAGCAGAGGACAUGGACGGCAAGCUCCUCAUCAAGCCGAGGGAAGAGUAUAAAGUGACGCUGAAACCCAUCAUGAUCCAGCACAGAGAUAGCGAAGACGAGACGUGGGCCGACUCGUUCACGAAACUGCUUGCCUUCAACCAGACGCAGUACGACAGGGUUCUGACACUGGACUCGGAUCGCACUAUCCUGCAGCCGCCAGAUGACCUCUUCUUUAUGCCACAUGGACCUCUGGCUCUGCCGCGGGCGUACUGGUUGUUGUCUGCGGAUCCGCCAGAGCGCACACUCGCUUCCCACGUGAUGCUCACUGAGCCCUCGACGUACGAGUUUGACAGGAUCCACGAACAAAUACACCUCGCGGGAGAGAGGGAAUAUGACAUGGAGAUCAUGAACAAGCUCUACGAGAACUCGGCCAUGGUCCUUCCACACAGAAACUAUGCUAUGCUCACAGCUGAAUUUCGCAGCGAGAACCAUCAGGAUUACCUGGGCAGCGAUGAAGCAUGUGAUCCAAUCGCGGUUCUGGACGCGGCGAAGUAUAUUCAUUUUUCGGACUGGCCGGUGCCCAAACCAUGGGUGCGAGUGGAUGGUGAGAUUCAGGCAUUGCGGGAUGUGUACCAGCCAACGUGCGUGGAAGUGGACAGGCGCGAGAUCGGGAAGAAGUUGUACGAUGACUUUGCUAAGCGAAAAGAGGUCUGCCGCACUUUCGAAGAAUGGUUGACAAUUUCAUGCUAA